GAGAGAGAGGUUAAUCAUUGUGUUAAACCCCAUUCAGCCGUCUUUUAGCCGAAAUCUAAACCCUAGCUAGCUAGCAGGUCUUAUUCGAUUUCCUUCCUUCCUUCCAUUCUUCCUUCGACGACGACGACGAGAGAUCUAGGAUUCUUCGCUCGUGGGUUUCGUCACUCCAUCUCCGACGACGUCUGAUUUCUUGUUUUGCCUGACAAUUCUGAGGUACACGUAUCGUUCCUGGUGCCCGUUGGCUAUUGGUGACUAGAGAAAGUAGAUCCUGUCUAUGCUACUUAUGAUUGAGAAUGACUUAUAGUGAAGAUAUCGAGAAGAAGAAGCUUAGAAUUCCAAUGAAGCGAUCUGAACCCUUUCCUCAAGUUAGAGAAAAAUGUUAUGAUGCUAUUUCUGAGAAUGAAAAGUCAAAGAGGAGAAAUGGGCAUAUAUCUGUGUCUUCUUAUGAAGAUAUUGAGAAGAAUAAGCUUAGAAUUCCAAAAAAGCGACCUGAAUCCUUUCCUCAAGUUAGAGAGAAAUGUUACGAUGUUAUUUCUGAGACCGAUAAGUCAAAGAGGAGCAAUGGGAAAGUAUUUGUUUCUUAUGAUGAUACCAACAUGAAUUCUCCUGCAUUAGUCUUGGGUUCUCGUAAACGCAGGCAACCAGGUUUUGGAUGUAACCAAAAGGAGAAAAGAAGGAAGUUAAGACGUAAUAUGAGUAUACAAUGUUCUAGCAUUUUGAAACAACUUAGGAGUCAUCCCUACGGUUGGAUUUUCAACCAGCCUGUUGAUCCAGUGAAGCUGAAUAUUCCAGAUUAUUUCUCUAUUGUCACUAAACCAAUGGAUCUGGGAACUGUGCUAGCCAAAUUAGAGAAACAUGCUUACUCAAGUGCUGAAGAGUUUGAAGCUGAUGUCAGGCUUACCUUUUCAAAUGCUAUUUUGUAUAACCCUCCAGACAAUCAGGUUCAUAUUGCGGCCAAGGAAAUAAACCAUAUGUUUGAUACUAGAUGGAGAUCUCUUGAGGCAAAGUGGAAUCAAGAUGAAGAUCAAGAUCUAGAGCACCCAAGUUUUGUGCUCAAGCAAUGUGGAAAAGAAAUGGAUGCUAACAUUUCACGGAAAAAUAAUAAUAGUUCCUUCACUGGAAAGCCGGCAACAACCAAGCCCUUGAAGAUGCGAGAAGAUUGCCGGAAACAGCGAGAGAGAAGUAUUGUCCACAAAGAUGUUGGUAAUAAAGCCUCUCCGUGCCUUGAGAAUGCUAAACGGUCUACAAAGUUAGUCCCUGUUUGUGCUUCUUGUCGUAGCGUGAAAUGCCAAUGCCACCUCCAAAAUAAUGGCGCCCAUGCCUUCUCAAGUGAUUUAUCUUCUGAAAGAUCUGGAGGACAUGAUGUUGGUGCCUUGAGAAGGGAUUCCAAACCAAAAUCCAUGUCAGUAUCAGAAAACAUCAAGCCAGUCCCAGAUUCUGACGGUGACGAUGCUUCUUCUUUAGACAUGAACUCCACUGAGGUUGUUCAACUCCCAGUGUCACCAAAGAAGGCUCUCCGUGCUGCAAUGCUAUUGGCCCGUUAUUCGAACCUUAUUGUGAAAACAAUGCAUGGCGAUAAAGCUGAUCCAGUCAAGAUUCAAAAGGAGAAGUCUAAAUUGGAAAGGCAACAACAAAUAGAGAAGAAGAAAAUAGAAGAUGAAAUAAGAGCAAAUAAAACUAAAUUGGAAAUGCAAAGGAAGAAAGAAAUAGAAUCUGCUAGGCAAGCUUCAAGGCUGGCAUUGGAUAAGAUGAAUAGAGUAGAGCCAGACGAUAACCUUUACAAUUUCAAAGAAUUUGAGAAAUCGUUCAAUUGCUCACUAUCUGAUCCUUGGAGUGGUAGAAAGUUGUUGCAGAGUCUUGGUUUGUUUAUUAAGAGAGAUUAACAUUUAUUAAGGGGAAUACAUUUUUAUUUUUAAAUGAUGCAGCCAGGCAAUAGUAUAUGACAAUAAUGGUAGAGGUUGCAAUUUUUGUUACUCUAUAAAUUUCUUUUCAAUAGGAAAUAUAGCUUCCCAUGUUAUUUCUAAAUAUCAUUUAGAUUGUAAAUGUUU